AUGUCCAUGUUGCCGUGCCGUGUUUUGUGCCUUUUGGCCAUUGUACUCUGUUGUGUGGGUGUGGUAACUGAAGCUGCUGAUUAUUCGCAAAGCCCCGCUGGCAUGUAUGUGAAAGCACUUCGCAUUCCACAAGAAGCAUUGAAACUGAAAGAGGAGUGCGAGAAAGCCGGCAAGGAUGCUGAAAAGGCCGCCGACAGUGCCUACAAUUUUGUUGCCACUCUUCUGGCAAAUAUCGAGGCGGUCGCUGCGGACCCAGCAAGGGUGAAGAAGGAGAGGCGGAAAGGACAUGAACUCAUCACAAAAGCAGAGCAAGCCUCAGCAAAAGCAAGAAAAGAGGGAGACAAAACUACAGACAGUGCAACUGGGACUAAAUCCAUGGAUACCUCGUCUCUUGAGCAAGCAAAAAAAUAUUACGAAAAUGGGAAGAACAAACUUACUGAAACUGUUAACUCUUUCAAUAAGGCCAUCAAGGCGGUUAAAGAUGCAGAACACGCGGCACGUUAUGCUAAAAAACAUGCCGACCGUGCGGAAGAGGCUGCCGAACGUGUGAAGGAUGUCCUGAAGAAACUCGACGCUGCAGUUGCCGAAGCUGAAAAGAAGAAAAAGGAAGAAAAGGUGAAAAAGGAGAAGCAGGUGGAGUCUCAGCCACAGGAGCAGAAAAAGGAUACAUCUCUUGGUGGGCAGCAAGGGCAUACAGAAGGAAAUAAGUCGGAGCAAACACAAACACACACACAGGUGCCAGCGGUUAAGGAGGCGCCAUUGGAAAGGAAUGAAGGCAGUGUUGCAGUGGGUGCAGACGAUACCAGGGAUUUACUUAACACAGGGGUAGGAAAUGGAGACCACUUGGUGGGGAAACACCAUAUCGACACGGAAGAAAGUAACACUUCUGAGGAUCAUCAUGACGAGGAAGGAUAUUUACGACAGACAGUGGGAGAAGUGAAGAGUGGACAUAUUACGACAAAUAAAGAAAACCAACUCAUCCCACCUCAAAGAAAACAAACACAGGAAGAGGGUGUUCAGAACACUCAUACCUCCGUUAAGAUGGAGGAACUGAAAGAACUACAUACUGUGCCUCACCAUGCACAGGAGAAAAAAGAAGAAGAGCAUAACAGUACGUAUCAACGACCACAUGGAAGAAGUGGGGCAAGAGAGAUGACUGAAGAUUUGCACACACCACAGACACCAACACAAGAAGGAAACUUAUCAGAGAACCAGACUCACAGUGGCAAGGUAUCGCGACAAACUCACUCUCUUUCAUACCCUCCUUCUUCUGAUGCUCCUAAUAUUCGUGAAAUGGCUGCCAAUGCUCUACUCAAGAGCGAUGCACUCGCGAAGGCAGUCCAACAACUGGACGGCAGCAGCAGUCCUGCGUUACUGCGUGUUCCACUCCUGCUGCUGCUCUCUGUGCUGGGCUGCAUGGCCGUGUGCUGA